UUCUCUGACGUUCCAAAUUCCAAAACUGUUAUUGCAUUAUGUUCUUCAAGGAAAAUGAUAAUGAUUACAUGAUCUGAUAUGACACGAGUGAAUGUUUUGAAUACUGUUUUUGAAAAAAAAUUCAACAGCGAGAUAAUCCAUCGCUUGUUCAAGUGGGCGGUUUAGCACCCACACAAAAUUCACCCCUGUUAUCAAAGGUGACGACGACGCCGUGUCGACGUUCACCCCUAUAGUUCGUCCACGUAGCAACCCCCGUUACGUCCCCAGUUGACCGUGAAUCCCGACUCACAAGUAUUUUUCGCGUCGAACGGUGAUUUUCGUGUCGCUAACUCUCACCGCGUCGCGAAGUUCCGUUUCGCACCAGGUCACCGUCGCUUGGCGAAUCUGGGCUAUGAAUGAAGACCCAACCCUUUCAUUUCGAGACAGGCGGAAUGGUCAUCGUCUGUUCGUCACGUCAGCGAGAUUGCGUCAUUGCGAAUCAAUUUUUUCCACCCUUCGAGAUCAUACGGACGUCGAGCUAUCGGAUUUUGUCGGGGAUUUGUUGUACGGGGCGGAGGAACGAUGACUAAAACGAUUCGAGUCCUGAUAGUGUUACUGUUAUCCGUGAUCCCCUGGCCAGGCCCCAGCGUGUUUAAAAUAUCAUGUCCCCGUGAUCGAGCGUCUGUGGUGAGGAGGAUAGUGCAGAAGAGAUGGAUACCAAUUCUGAAGAAGUAUCAGGUAGAACUACCGCUAGAGUGUCCGUUUCACGAGAGCCGGGACAUAUUUCGGCCCCAGCAAAGGGCGAAACACCAGCACAGGCCGUCGCAAUGGACCUGCGGCCUGUGCGGCAAGUCAUUUUAUGCAGAGAAACAUUUGGAUGCACACUUCGAUAACAGACACAAAAGUAAUGUUAACACGGCGGAAGACGCGGUAUGCCUCGCGGACUACUGCGACAUCAUGAGGUGCGACGUGCUGGGUAACAGGGACUUCGAAAGUUCCCUGGUGGACGACGAGGCCGACCACCACAGCACCGACAUACAAGUUUGGAAGGAGAACACAGAGCAACGUUCCACUUCUGUGCUGCCCUGCGAGUCGCGAGCCAGCUUCCCUAGGACGUAUCCGGUCGAGAAGGCUUGUACGAUAUCCGGCGGUGGGGCUGUCACUAAUAUUCAGCAAUAUUGCCAUCGAGAGGACAACGGGGCAUUGGAGAACCAUCGUCUGCCGGGUGCGGCGUACCACGUGGAGAUCGCUGGUCCGGACAACAAGAGCAAUGCCUGCGGCGGUAACGAAGACGACGAGGAUGAAGAAGACGAUGAGGAUGAUGAAGAGAAUCUCGUGGAAGCGGCUCUACCGGCCGUCGACAAGAAGCAGAGGCGCAAAGGGUUGCACUUGAGAAAGCUGAAGGCCAAUUGCAAGCCAGAAGAACUGCAGAAGUUGAAGUUGCAGUGCGAAAUACUCGUUCGAGAUUGCAUUGCUGGGCUUUUGACGAAUCUCUCGGUACGAGAUUUCCAGGAAAUUGAAGGCGAGCUAAAUCGCGCAAUAUGUUGGUACCUUAGCUGCGACAGAUAUUGGGAGGAUACGAAGAGGCAACAAAAGCACACCCCCUGGUACCUGCUAACAGUGUUUCUACUCGUUCUGUUCUCCUCGAUUUACGCGUGCUACUACAUUAUUUGGGUGCUGUUCAACUCGGCAGAAGAGGACAGGCUGGACGGAUCCGGAAGUUUAGAUUAUACGGAUGGGGAUCUCACGGCUACGUCGUCGUUACACGAUCAGAGUGGUCCUGGCGAGGGUAGAUCAACUGGGAGAAGAAAAGGCGAGCCGAGGGACGAUAACAUGCCGCUGUCGAACGAAGAGAUGCCCGACCAUUACAUAUAUGUGACCUAUCCAGCUGAGCUAAAGCAGCGAUUACUGGACAGCUGCUACAACAGAACUACUCGAAUCUAAAGCCGAAGAGAUUGGGCAGAGAUUCGGUCGAAGGUAUGAGAGCAGCUCGACCGAUUACACGCGUCAGCUUUACCAUGGCUGAUCACCAUCUUUCUUAUUUUUUCUCCUCCCCCUAAUCUUCGUGUUUUGUAUACCAAUUGUGGAAAUAAAUCACAAGCUGUACACGAGAA